AUGUCAAAAGCAGUAUUCAUCGCUCCAAUCGAUGGCAAACCUGGAAAACCCGGCCAAGUGUAUUACCCACUCGUCGUAAGAACUCUGCCCCAACCGACCCCGCAGAGCAACGAGUUGCUUAUCAAGCUCACUGCCGCGUCACUCAAUCACCGUGACUUGUUCCUUCGACAACAUCUCUACCCGGGUCUGUCCUUCGAUGUGCCCCUCCUAGCCGAUGGUGUUGGUAUCGUUGUCAGUGCCGGAUCCAGUGUCUCGGGCGCUGAUAAAUGGCAAGGCAAGAGAGUCAUUUUGAACCCCGGUCUGGGCUGGAAAGACUCGCCCGAUGGGCCCGAGGAUCCAACCGGCUAUCGUAUUAUGGGUGGAACCAAAGUAUACCAAACAGGUACUUUGCAAGAAUAUAUCACCAUUGAUGAGUCGGAGGUUGAAGAAGCACCCGCGCAUCUUUCAGAUGCUGAAGCUGCCGCGCUGCCGUUGACUGGACUGACUGCCUGGCGAGCUCUGGUGUCAAAGGCCGGUGAGAGGAACUCUAAGGACGGUGCAGCCGUUUUGAUCACUGGUAUUGGAGGUGGUGUUGCUUUGAUGGCACUGCGUUUUGCCGUGGCUCGGGGGGCGCAUGUCUUCGUGACCAGCUCAAGUGAGGAGAAAAUCCAGAAGGCUGUUGAGCUGGGCGCCACUGGAGGUGUGAGCUAUAAGGAGGACGGAUGGGAUAAGAAGCUUUUGGGCAUGCUUCCGUCCGGAAAGAAGAAUUUCGAUGCUGUUAUUGACGGUGCAGGAGGUGAUUCCAUUGAGAAGGCUGUCAAAUUGCUGAAGGCUGGCGGUGUUCUCUCCAUUUAUGGCAUGACCGUUUCGCCCAAAAUGCCAUACUUGAUGCAGGCGGUCCUGAAGAAUAUCAAUGUGUGUGGCUCCACUAUGGGCUCUCGCAAGGAGUUCCAAGAGAUGGUGGACUAUGUCAAAGCCCAGAACAUCCACCCUAUCGUGUCGCGAACGCUGAAGACUGAAAUUGACGACGUGCCUGCUAUCGAUGAACUUUUUGAGGAUAUGAAGCAAGGCAAGCAAUUUGGUAAACUGGUGAUUGAUUUCGCAAAGCCCUCGAACAGCAAAUUGUAA